UUGUUUACUUCCUGCGUAGCGUUAUCAGCAGCAGCCGUCCUCGUCCGGAGCAGUCCCCGUAGUCAACUCUCUCCCAUGGAAGGCCACAUGUCUCGGUCCCUGAAGCUGCGCCUGUUCGUCUCUCAGCGGCUGAACGCGGCGGUCGAGGAGAUCCUGGAUGCUUUUGAGAAAACCAUCGUGAAGUACGAAGAGGAAGCCGUCCUCAGCCAGCAGGUGAUCUCCCGCCAGCACGCGCUGCUCUGCGCUCUGAACAAACCCGUGAUGGACGCACCGGCGGCAGAUGUUUUCACACAACAGCUGCUGGUGCCCAUCGAUGACCGGCAGAACCAGAACCUGCACCACAAGACGGUUCCCGAGCCGUCACCCGUUGAAGAAAAACAAGAAGAGCAGCGCCAAGCUCUGGACGCAGCCGAUAUAAUCGAGUUCACCUACAGUUCCAGGCCGUCUGCGAAGCUACGUGGUGACUUUCAGUCGUUAGCGGGUCCAAAACCAGUGGAUCCAGACCAGGAUCACCCGGUGGUGUUGUCGUCCGAGACCGAAGACAGCGACGACUACAGUAGAGACUCUGCUGACACCAGACCUGCCUCACACAAACUCCCGGGCCUUCAUAAACCCAGAGACGGGUUCAGCUGCCAGGCCUGCAGCCGGGCCUUCGGCGCUCGCAGGUUUCUGUUCAGACACGUCAGAACUCACGUCCACGACCCGAAGCCGGUCUGCGGUUUGUGCGCGGAGCAGUUUGAGGGCGCCGGCGGACUCAGGCUGCACCUCCAGACGCACACGAGAAAGAGGGCGCUGCAGAACCAGGCCAGGACCCUGGGCAGAGAGAGGCGACCGCCGCGGCUCUCCGGCUUCAACCAAAGCGUAAAAGUCCAAGAAACAGCGAAGCCAGAGGAGUCGGACCCGGCCCCCCCGCAGAAGAGGCGCCGGGGUCGGCCUCGGAAAAACAAAGAAGACGCGAAUAAUCAGAAAACAGUCAAAAAAGGGAAGAGGAAAAUCUAAACCUGGCUUUCAGUUUAAUUUUUAAUCCACCUCCUGUUUGGUUUUAGUUUUAACCUAAAUUUGAAACUUUUCUACUGAAUGUGUUUUUAUUUACUCCCUGCAGCCAGUUUUCUCUCCGGUCUUCAACUUCUCAGGUGUGUCGAUAGACGCUACAUUCAACGUCUGUUGACAGUUUCAAAGCAAAAUGUUUCUGACAUUAAAAACUGAGACUGGAAAGAACGACGGCUCCUGGUUCCAAACUCCUCCACCCUGAAACGUAGGAGCCGUGAUGUCACCGUUCUUCUUCCCAUCCAGAAACAUUGAUUUUCUUGUUUUUAUUUCACCUACUAAAACAGCUACAUAUUUUCUGUCAUGGUUUGGUUAACAAGUUUGACUUUCUUUUCAUUUCGGCUUGAUUCAGAAACAAUUUAAUUCUCCAUUAAAAACUGUUUAACAGCUAAA